AUAAGGCAAGUGAAAGUAUUAAUGUUUUCUUCAGACCUUAUUCUUCUGAUUAUCAGUGGUAAAUAAUAAGUAAAUUGGGUUUCAAAAUUUUGUCACGAUGAACUUGAAGAAUUAUCCAAUAAUUCAGUACUGAAGUAUUUCUCAUUUGAUAAAUAAAAAAACCAUAGAGCAAUGAGGAUGAAUUACGAUGGGAGAAAUUUAAGAGGCCGUAUGUGCAACCAUGGUGGAAAUCAACAAGAACCCUGAUCCAGAGACAGCUUAGGAUCUUGAAACAACUUCAAAUGUUGAGCAUACUCAGAAUCAUCCAGGCAUGCAUUCUUGGUAUAUUUGCAGGGACACUGUUCUACAAGUUUGGUGGGCAGUAUAAUCUUCAACACAUGAACUCUGUGAGAGCGCUAGGAUUUGUAACCAGCAUGAGCAUUUUGCUCAUAAAUAUGCCUCAGCUACCUCUAUAUAUGCUUCAAAGACCCACAUUCUAUAAACAUAGGGACCAAAGAUUUUUCAGGACAUCCUCUUAUGUUGUAGCUCAUUGCAUUAGUAAUCUACCCCAGGCUUUUACUGAGGUAAUCUCAUCCUUCAACCUUUUGUUGCCAAUAGUUAACAUCUGCACAUAUAUGCAGUCUAAAUGGUACUUGAUCCUAAACAUAACAACCAUAUUACUUUCUAGCUUCAUCACUAUGACAACAAAGACUGUUUCGAACUGCUACCUGCAUGCAGGCCUCAUAGUCUCCAUUUUCCUUCUGUUCAGUGGAUUUGUGAUUUUCCCAUCUAAUAUCCCUCAAUACUGGAAGUGGCUAAUGCACAUCAAUCCAAUUCGUUGGGCCAAUAUGUCCUUCUGCGAUCGACAGUUCUCAUAUGGUUACAAAGACUUCUGCAACAAAUAUCUAAACCAACUUACUUUCUGCAAGGAAAAUCCAGAGAUGGCUACUGGCAAGGCCUACUUAAUCUAUGCUGAACUGUUGACAGCUGUUUCAGUAAAGCCUUGGGUCCCUUAUAUAAUUCUAAUUGGUUGGACUCUACUUGCUCUGUUAAUGGCAUUGAUAUUCCUAAAUAAGGUAGAGUUUUCGCAAAUCAGUCAAUCUGUGCCACAGAUUAACCAAAGGAAGCUUUCAAAGAACUAUUUGUAUGAUGUGGAGAUUUAUUCAAGUUCAACUGAGAGUUAUAUGGAAGCUUCUAUUGAGUCAGGAAGAUACAAGUUUCUGGAGUCACCAAAGUUAGCAUCUAGUUCCACAACAGUAAUUUCUGAGGAUGAGAAUGUGAGUGUCAGGAGCUGGAGGGAAGAAUUUAGAGUUAAAAUUGAUCCAGAACAGUUGACAAUACCAGUCACACUGAUGACUUUAUCAUUCUUGGAUCUAUCAUUUGUCAGUAUGACAAGGCUUUUCGGUGACAGGUGUGGAAAGGUAACAAAGGAAGAAGCUACAGAGUUUGAGAAUGUCAGUGGAUGUGCAAGACCAGGAAUUAUGCUAGCUCUUGUAGGGGGUGCUAAUGGAAGUGUAGCUACACUGCUAAAAUGCCUUUCUGGUAGGACACCUCUAGGUGGUAGUUUUACUGGAGAUAUCCAAGUCAAUGGCACCAAACCUUGUGCUGAUUUCUCAAGAAGAGUGGGCUAUGCUGAGCGGCUUGAUGCACAUCAACCUUACCUUACCAUACGCGAGUCACUUGAAUUCAGUGCCAACCUUAGACUAACAAACAGCAUAAGCAAAGCAAGAAGGCAUAUGCAUGUUGAGUUAGUUCUUGACCAGCUGGGCUUGCAGUAUUAUGCCAAUAACUUGGUUGGUUCCCUGAGAGAUGGAACUGGGAAAACAUUUGAAGUAGCUAAGAAGCUCACAAUUGCAGUUGAACUCGCAGCAAACCCAAGUAUUCUAUUCCUUGAGGAGCCUCUUUCAGGUCUUGAUUCGUCUGGAACCUCAGCAAUCUUGAGCAUAUUAUCAAAAUUACCAGUUUGCGGUCAAUCAGUCAUCGCAACAUUUAACUAUCCCAACACCCGUGCACUUUCACACUUCCAUCAAGUCAUCAUCCUAACUCAAGAAGGCCGCCAAGCUUACUUUGGCCCAGUAGGACUCAAUUGCCAUGAAAUACUUGGAUACUUUACCGCGAUCCCAAGGGUUCCUCACUACCUUCAGACACAGAAUCCUAUCAGUUUUGUUAUGGGUGUAACUGGACUUGGAAUUCCAAGAAAAAAACUUGCAGUGAUAGAUUUUGCAGACGAGUUUCAGAAAAGUCAUUUGUAUGAGGUGGCCAUGAAGGUCAUUAACGCUGCUAUGAAGAACAACAAACAUGGAAAUGAAAAGGACAAUAACAUGAGAUCCAUCAGUUACAACUAUCCAGCGUCAUUUACAAGCCAAAUAGGAUUGGUUUUGUUGAGGACACAGAGGUUCUUAUGGAGGAACGUGAACUACACUUACAGCAGGUUUACUGGCUGUGUGAUGAUUGGAUUACUGAUGGGCUCACUCUAUUUUAAGAUUAAGUAUGAAGACACAUAUGAGGUUACUUCUAGAUCACUGUACAUCUACAUGCAAACUAUACUCAUUGGGGUUAUAUCUGCUAACAACGUGAUUCCUCAAAUUGGCACCGACAAGCUUGCCUACUUCCGAGAAAUGAGGUCCAAGAUGUACCUUCCAAUAAUCUACCCUGUGUCAUGGGUGAUCAGUGAAAUUCCCUACUUCCUAAUAGCAACAUUGGCAUUCGUGGGCAUUGGCAAUGGCAUGGCAGGGAUAGCAACCCAGACAGCUGCCGAUUUCCUGGCCUACUGGUCAGUUCUCUGCCUUUUCACCCUCUGUAUGACCUACUUUGGCAUGAUGAUCACAUUCCUGGCUCCGAGCCCGAUCCUCGCCGCCUUCCUCGUCUCCAUAAUCACAUCGUUGUGGAUCUCCACCUCUGGUGUGGUGGUCCUCUUCUCCGAUAUUAGGUUCUACAAGUGGAUGUACUGGACGAACCCGUUUCAGUAUGUGAUGAAUGUGCUGACGGUGAUAAGUUUCUACUGCGACACAUCCAAGUGCAAGAGACAAUGCCAGUGUCCACAGCUCCCUGAUGGCUCAUAUGUGUGGGAAAGGAUAGCACACAUACGGUCCUUGAGUGCGAAGAUGAUAAGCACUGAUGUGGUAACCUUAGCAGGGAUGAACAUUAUGUUUGCUGUGCUCGCUUUCCUGUUCUUCACCGUGCUGAAGCACAACUCAGCACAUGCCCAUUGA